GUUGAGGGGUUUUUUCUGAGUUGAUUUCUGAAAUGAUUUGGGAGUUUCAAAUUUCCGAUACAAUGAAUGUAUCUGUUUUUUUUUCAUUGGUCCUAACACAUAGUCUAAACUCCUCGGGGACAUACUCGCAUUCCCCAAAGACAUUUGAAACCGUAAUUUAUUUAUUUUUAGUUGAGGGGUUUUUUGAGUGGAUUUCUGAAUGA